AUAACAAAAAUUUUAAAAUGUCUAAUUAAAAUUCGAUUAAGAAUAAAUAACAUGUUCCGAAUGAAAUGUUAAAUUAAUAGCUAGUUAGAAGUUUUCAUUUUAAUUAGUAUUUAAAGUCAAUGAUUAUAUGACAAUUUCCUUAAUUAAGGAAAAUUACAUUUUAAUUUGUACAGCAGAAGAAUGUAAGGAUUUUUUUUAUAUUAUCUACAUUAAAUUACGUAACUUUGAUAUAAUUUCGUUAUUCUAUGGUGUCAAGAAUCUCGGUGCAACAAAUUAGUUUAGCCUUAUUAGUUCCUGUAACAUCCAAACUGGUAUUACUAAAUAUAUAAUUUUAAAAAUAUGAAUCAUUAAUGUUGUAAAAAUAUUAAAAGACCUGAGUACACUGAGUGGGUUUAACCAGAUUAGUCAACCCUGUUCUAUAAAAUUAUAUUAAUCAUGUAAAACAUAAAUAAGACAUAAAUAAACGAGUCCCUAUUCAAAAAUCACGGUACGAGAGCCAGGACGUUACUCGGUCCGUUUUCCACGAUUCACUUUUGAAACUUUCUAACCCUGUGCCGCGCGAGGCAGGGAGGGGCGCGCGCGGGUGCCAGAGAGAGGGUACCGACCUCAUUGCCCAUUGCCACUCCUCCCGUCGAGGCAGCAGGCCAUUUUUAUUAAAAAUACUUCCGAGUAACACCGCGCGCGCUAUUUAUCGUUCGUAUCCUGAUCUCCUUAAUUUGUUGUAAUCAAUAUAAAUGUUUUCAAACAAGUGUAAAAGAAUAUUUUCUAAAAAUAAAUAAAAAAAUACUGGCCUGUAGGUACUGUUGAAGUGUUUAAAAAAGGAAGUGUAUAUAUUUUUUUAAAACUUAAAAAUACUAGUGCGCCCCGCGUUCUAUUUUCCGUGUGGACUCGGGUGGAUUCGGUUGCGAAAAGUGGCGACGCUCGGUCGUCUCCGGCGGCAAUCGCCGCGAGGAGGGCGUCCUUCCAACCCCGCCCGUGAGCAAAAGAGACGGAGCACUCUGCUGACAUGGCGACAACACGGAUGGGUUGAUGUUUUUCACGUGGAAAACUCAUCCCUUUUCACGUUUAUGCCAAGGUACGUCGUGCACCCUGCGCUGAAUAUAUCCGCUGCCGCCAUUUCGAUGAUGACGGCGUAUUUUUUUGUGAGAGAUAUUCGAGUCGCGGAGCGAGUCGGCGUUCGUGGCGCGGGGUUGCGGGCUUCGGCCGUCAGUCGUCGGGUGAGCGGGGUGCGGCGUAAACGCGGUCUCAGACUAUGGCGGAAGGGCUGCUCGUCAUUCCCAUAAAAGGGUCGAGUUAAUUGUGGUGCAGAUACGUGUGGUUCCCCGCGCCCAUCAUGCAAAAUACACUAACGCUAUACAAAUUGAAAAUGGCUAUUAAGAAGUAAACAUUAUCUAUUGUUGAAGAUUUGUUGUAUUGUUCAUGGAACAAGUGAGAAUACUUAUGUAUACAUUGAGAAAUUGUUGGUAAAUUAGUUUUUAAGCCCUGACUGGUAAAGAUCAUAUCUUCCAAAGAAGGAAAACACGAGGCAAGAUGGCGACGCAAAGGUUUUGUUUACGGUGGAAUAACCACCAAUCGAAUAUGCUGUCUGUGUUUGAUCAACUAUUACACGCAGAAACGUUCACUGACGUAACAUUGGCAGUGGAUGGACAGUUGCUUAAGGCACACAAAAUGGUUUUGUCUGCUUGCAGUCCUUACUUUCAAGCAUUGUUUGUCAAUCAUCAAGAAAAACAUCCAAUCGUAAUACUAAAGGAUGUACCCUAUUCAGACAUGAAGAGUUUAUUGGACUUCAUGUACAGAGGAGAGGUGAGUGUGGACCAAGAAAGGCUAACGGCGUUCUUGAAAGUCGCUGAGAGUUUGAGAAUAAAAGGCCUCACAGAAGUGAAUGAGGAGAAAUGCGAUAUUCCAGCUCUCACAAACUCUCUUAUCCAACAACAGACAAAUGCUACUGCACACACGCCUCCACCUCAGUUACACAGGCUACAUCCAUAUAUGCAUCAGAAAAGGCCUGCCUCAGGAAUGCCUAGUGGAGGAGCGCCCCCAAAUUUAUUAAUGCCUCUAUUGGGCAAUGCGUUAAUGCAACCGAAAAGAAAAAGGGGGCGACCGAGAAAACUAAGUGGAAGUUCAAGUGACGCUUUAAACACAGCAGCGAGUCCACCUGGUGAAUUUGUGCCAGAAUCUGCCUCGCACGCAUCCAACCGACCCGCUGGCGAUCAAUUAAUUAGAGGAUCUCCUGAAAUGUUGGAAGUUAAAAUGUCUAUGGAUGGAUUCAAUGCUGAGGAUGGCGCGACAUCAGGUGGCGAGGAGACUGGUGAGGCAUUAUUGAUUGAUGAGGGCGAUGACGCCCAAUCUACGGAAGCGCCAGCUGGCAAGGACUCCGAGUCUGCAGAUCCCGAUAAACCACCAAAAGAGGAAGUGCACCAAAAUUACCCUAGUAACGGGCCAGUUCUGUCUAUUGAAAAUGGAUCCAUAAAACAAGAACCCUCUUCUGACGCUAUGGACGGUUACAAUGAACCUAUAGAGUAUAAAUACAAACCAGACCGAAGCCGCGAAAAUUCUAACUCACAAGACGGCCCCAUCAAAGAUACAGACGAUAAGAACAGACUAGGUCGUAACUUAAAGCCAAAGAAUAGUAAAAAAUUGCUACCCCAAAUGUCCAAAAUUAGAGCCCGAAACUUAUUCAAUCAGCUAUCUGGUCUUUCCAACUUGAAUCCUGCACUCAAUUCUUUCGACAAGUACCCACCCGAAACUGUACUUAUGCCAGCCCUAGCAACUCAAUUGUUUGCAGCUGAACUGGAACAGGGUAACUUGAAUUUGACUAACAACGAAAUGUCCGAAUUAGCGCAAACUAAUUGGGAACAACGUAUAUUUCCCUCACCAAUUAGGAAAAAUAACAUUGGUAGCGUCGGUAACUACCACGAGGAGACAAACGAAUCAGUUAGAGAUUAUUGCAUCAAGGAGGGAGAAAACGUGUUCAGGUGGCGUGGUUCACCAGAUUUUGAAAACAAAGAUACUAAAUACGCGCAAUCACCUUCGAAUGACGGCCAGGGGAAAAUUCGUGUUAAUCCAGCGAUUCAAGCGUCGACAUCUAACGAAUAUCAAAAUGACUCUUUAAAUAAUAACACGUUGCAAACCGGUGGGAAUCAAAUGCAAAGGCCAGUGGUCAGGAGACGGAUAAGGAGGCGAGCCAAUUCAGCCUCAAACGAUCCCGCGGAACAGCUGACCGAAAUGUCAGUUAGAGGUCUGAACCUCUUUAGAUACGCAUCGGUGAAUGAAGGAGUCUACCAAUGUACAGAGUGUGCGAAGGAGAAUAUACAGAAGACAUUCAAAAAUAAGUAUUCAUUCCAGAGGCACGCGUUCCUUUACCACGAGGGUCAACAGAGGAAAGUAUUCCCUUGUCCUGUGUGCUGCAAGGAGUUUUCUAGGCCCGACAAAAUGAAGAAUCAUAUGAAGACAACGCACGAUUGUUACGUGCCAAAAGAUUGCGUUUAUACGCCGAAUGCUUUUUUUAUGUUACCAGGGAUGGAGGCGCAACUAACGUCAGGGCUGAAAAUGGAAUCGGUGGGCUCCGGAUCCCCUCGAGGCUCUACUCCGUCCCACUCUUCUCCUGAUCCCACCCAAGUUUAACUGACACAAAGUGACAAAUGCGGUAUUAAGUAUUAUUAAUUCCACACAAACUAUUAUAUUCUAGUGCCUUUAGGAAACGCCUAAAAGUUAAAGUUUAUCUUUCAUUGUUAGAGUUAUUAAUAUCGGAUUUCAUAUUAGUAUUUGUUCUAUUUUUGGAGAAAAAUUUUCAUGUACAAUUAUUGUAAUGUACAGAUCUAUUAUACUUCCAAUUAAACUGUUAUGCAUUUAAUAUCUAACGUUUGUUACAUAGAGCUCAUAUUAAAUAUAUAAAUAUGUGGUUGUGCAAAUAAUAGACAAUAAAUAACAUUUAUGUCGUCAUGGCCAGUUGCGCAAUAAUAGGUAGUAUUGAAUACGUACAUUUUUAACGGGUUCUGUACAAGUCUGAGAUGUGCCUUCCAUAUUAAAUUUUUUUCAAGAAUACGUUUUAGUUGCAUCUUAUACAUUGAAACAGUUCCGUUGCUUCAUUAUAGUUUAAUUUUCUCUUAUAUGCAGAUUUACCGCAAGACAACAACCAAAGACUGUUUACAAAUGAAACAUUUAAUUUUCUUCGCAAUUUUUUGAAUUUAGAAUACUAUUGUCUAGCACUAACGUUUCUUCCAAACUUAAGUAUUAUGAGGUUUUAUAGAAAUUUUACCUUAUAUUUGAAAGUUAUAGAGUUGGAACGUAUAAAUAUUAAAUUGAUUGAAAUAUGUUAGAAUAUUUUACUAUUAAAUAAUUGAAAUGUUAGUGAGCCUACUGUUACGAGUUGUACCUAUAUAUUCAUACUUAACGAAAUAUUAGAUUAUAUAUUUAAUGAAUAUCAUAUAUUUUAUUAUAGAACCUAUAGUGCCAUAGCACAAUAUUUUAAAGAAAAAGAUGUAAAAGGAACAUCUCCAACUCUUAUUAUUUCGCUUUAGGAUAUAUUUAGUUGAUAUAAAGUGUUCUAGAUUUAUCUGGAACAAGAAAACGAAAUCAGCAGUUCUUCCAUUGAUAAGGAAAUAAUAUUUGUUAGAAUAUGUUGUGUAAUUAAUGUUCACAUAUUGUAAGUUCAUGUUUGAAAAGUAUAUUACUAAUCAACAUUUUCAUUUUUUUAUAUUAAGUUCGUAUGAAAAGAUAAGAUUAUUUAGUACGAGAGCAUUAUAUAAUAUAGUUUAUAUUAUAAGUAGUUAUGUGUCUACUUAAAAUAUUAAUGGUUAAAUUGAGUUAUUGUAUUUUUAGCGCACAACAGUUCAUAUAGUUUAUUAAUAAGUUGAAUUAGAUUGUUCAUAGAUCACAUUUUUUGUAGAUAAAAAAAAAUAAUUAAUUUUAAUGGUGUAUCACAUGGAUCGUUUAGAUUUAAUUAGUCACCAAGAAGGUAUUAACAUUCGCAGUGUGAUUUUAUUUAAGUGGUAGUUUAUAUCAGAGCCAGUCGAUCGCACAAACAAAAUAUAGAUCGCAAAAUUUUUCUCAAUAUUUUUUUUUGCUUCGUUUUCACUCACUCUCUUUAUUCUUUUCUCACAGUGUGCUACUACGAUAACGUUUCGUUGAGUGGUGAAGUGGUUACUGGUUAUUUUUUCUUUUUCUUUUUUGUAGUAUUUUAUUUUGUGAUAUUAGUGCUAACUAAGUUAGCGGUCAUGUUCAUUGUUGAGUUAUUAUAAUUCUUACUUCUCCUUCUUAAAUGUAUUCUGCAAGGCAGAAUACUGUUUAUAUAAAGAUACAUUUUAUUAUGUAUCAUAUUAAGUAUUAUACAAACAAAUAUACUUACGUUACGAAGAAGUAAGAUUUGAAAUAUUACGUUCUUUGUUAUUUUUUCUUAAUUUUUUUGUUUGUUCUUUUCAACGCUACAAUAGCACGAAACAUUGCACAUGAUGUAGAUUAUAUAUUUAUAGUAAGCUGUCAGUUUAACAAAGUUAAAAUUCGAAUGUGUGUGAACUAGACGUGACUUGAUUCUUUUUGGUUAAAAACUUAAAAAAAAAUGAAUAAUGGAAUCUAUAUGCACAUAAAGAAUUGUUAAUGCGUUUAAAAUUAUUGCAAUAUUUUUAAAUUUUAAUUUUGAAUAGUAGCACUUUUUUUUAACAUCAUAGUUACAUUUUAUUUCACAAAAUAAAUAAAUGUACACAUGUAGUUCACUGGUGUUUAUGGACGUAUAAUUAUUCUUUAUUAAAACUCUAUGGUAAUAUUUUCUACUGAGAACGGGUGAGUAUGGAUUAUUUUAUUGCGUCAUGAGUAGAUGCCUUGAUUUGGUAAUUAUUAAAAAGUUUAAGUAAACGAUUUAUAAAUUAAUAACGGUUUUAUAUUUACAGAUAUCUUUUCUAGAUACAAACAUUAUCGGUAGAUUUUAAUAAAAGAUAGCUUUUUAAAAGAUUUAUGAAGAAACUUUAUUUGAAGUGCAAUUUUAUAAAAAAAAAUCCUGUUGAUUUUUAAUAGUUUACUUACAUAAAAAUGGCAAAAAUAUUCAGCGCAUUUUUGUCUGUCCUUUUUUUAUGUAGUCUUUGUUUAUUUUUCAGAGCCACACGACUUUCCUAUUUGUUUCCUAUAAUUGAGAUAGAUUCUAUUUUAUUAAAUAUUCGAAUAUUGUUUAACUAGUUUUUUUUUGACUGCAUAAUAUAAUAUAUCAAACAUUCGUGAAGAUAUUUUAUUAAGGGCCAUAUUGAUCAUUAGUGACUCUUCUUAGCAAUUUUUAUCUAUAUUUUAAGACCGUUAGAUAUUUGAUAGACUUAAUUAUAACAAAUAUUAACAAGAAUUACUACCACAGUUUAACUGAAAAAAAAUGUAAGCAUGUAAAAUUAGCGUUAAAAACAUCAAAGCUUUAACAAAUAAAUUGAAGUGUAAAAUGCGAACUUUAUUUUUAUCGUGAGUAAAAGUUUGUUUAAGUUUUUAUUGUAAACAAGAAGAGAUCUUACCAUCGUAAUAAAUAAUUUAAUGAGGUAAUAUGUACACUGCAAAUAAUAAUCC